CUUUUAGCGGCAGCGGUGGUUUUUCAUCACUGAUUCACUCCAUUCCUGUGGCAUUGGCACGAUGAUCCUGGUCAUUGGUUCACUAAUUUCGCUAGUGCUUCCUUUGGUGAUCGGGUGGAGCCCUCACCCCAAGCUACUUUUGAUCUCGUUCGAUGGUUUUCGUUAUGAUCUACUCAAUGCAACUAUGUGUCCGAAUAUCUUCAAAUGGGCUGCUCGGUCGUCUUGGUUUGUCAAUGGAGUGCGAUCUCAGUAUAUCACAUAUACAGCACCAAAUCACAUGAGUAUAGUGACCGGAUUACGUGAACAGUAUCAUGGAAUAGUUUCAAAUUACUUUUGGGACACUGCCACAGGAAAAUUCUUCGAUUAUUUCAACAGUACACGACAGCAAGGGGUGGUGAAUGCGUCGCUAGAUCCUUCGUGGUAUCUUGGAGAGCCUAUCUGGCUGACCAACGAAAAAGCCAACUCAACUCGACAUUCUGCCUCGUUUUAUUGGCCAAAUGGUGAAGCACCUUUUCCUAGUGCACCUCAUAAGCCACUCAUCCAUAAGGCAUGGGCUGGUGUUGGUAAUGUUAGUGUGUGGAUGAAUGAUGUCGAUAAGAUCAUAGAGGUAUUCAGCAACGACGCCACGCCUGUAAAUUUUGUCUCCUGGUACAUCGCAGAACCAGAUAACACUUUGCAUGGAAAUGGCUUCUACAAUGGUGAACUGCGCAAAGUUGUCAAAGAGCUAGACAAGGCUUUUGGUUACCUUAUCGCAAAGCUACAUGACUCCGGUUUGGAAGACUCAAUCAAUGUUAUACUGACUGCAGACCAUGGUCACGCAGAGAUCCAAGGUGCGAAGAAUGUUAUGUGUGUGCGCGAUUAUAUCGUGGAUGAAGGCUACGAUCUUGGCGACCACAUGAUAUAUCCUCAUAACGACAGCAUCGCCCAGCAAAUCUAUCAAAAUCUUACAAAGGCUGUCAGGGAUCAUGGAUACAAAGUUAAUGUGCAUCUCAAAGAAAAUAUUCCAAAACAAUGGUACUACUCAAACUCUUCCCGCAUCGGUCGCAUCGUGAUAGAACCAGAAGUUGGUUGGGCUGCAUCGCUUAAUUGCAAGACAGAGAAGCUUCUGAAAACAUAUGCUCCAGGUAAUGUCAAGUUCAAUUCUUCCACUCAUGGAAUGGACCCUGACCGCAAAGAAAUGCGGGCAUUUCUAAUCAUUGGCGGACCAUCAGUGCUUUCUGGACAGCGGUUCGAGGAAAUACCAGAAAAUAUCGACCUCUAUGGAUUUAUGUGCCACUUACUGGACAUCGAUCCUGCACCGAGCAACUCAUCCUUGGAAAUCCUAUCAAAAGUCUUGCGCACCACAAAGCAGAUCUCUUUAUCUGUACCUGGAAUGACAUUUGAGUCCUCGGCCUUUUUUGUGCUCAUAAUUCCGUCUGCAUGUGCUGUCAUGAUGUUCAUGGUAUACGCCUGUCGGCGUACAAUUAUGAGUGAGAAUUCUGACUGGACGUGGAGUCAAAAGGGCUACCGUCCCUUGAUAAUGAAUACUGUUGACGCUGAGCAAACGAACCCAUCGAGCGUUCCAACCCCAGGUAAAGUCACUAGUCAUAGGGAGGAUACCAGCGAGGACGAGUUUUGACAUCAAGUGCCAUUUGCUUAAAUGUCUAUCACUUUUUGUCAUAUUGUAAAUUUCUUGAUGUACCAACCUACUCAUUUCAUACGUGAUUGGCAACUUUGCACUUGGAUGUGUGCAGUAUGACACUUGAAUGCAAUUGUUUAGGAAUUACUAACAUCAAACUCUAACGUGUAUUUCAUUGUUUCCGGUGCCAAAUGCGUGUAUCGUCCUGGGGGCUUAGCUAUCCGUACACUGGCUAUCAUUAAUGUUGUAAGUCUAGUCCUUAUAGUCUUUUGCCCGGGAGUUGUUGUGUGAUUCGAUUGCUUAUAACAUAUCUAC